AUGGAUCUUUCCCCUAUGUCUGAGAACCAAACCGAGAGAGUCGAACGCAUUUUGAGAAAGUCUCAGCAAUGCAACAUUGAGACGAGUGAGAUAGAGGAUAUUUACCCCUGCACACCUCACCAAGUGGAAGUCAUGUCGCUGGCUGCAAAGCAUGCGAAAAGCUGCACAUGGGUAUGUGAAUUUGAGCUGCCACAAGGCAUUGAGAAGGAGAAAUUCCAGUCAGCAUGGAGUGCAGCUGUUGAUGCAAACCCUAUUCUCCGAACUCGUAUCGUGCAGCUAGAGAGUGGGGGCAUGUAUCAAGUAGUUCUACGAGAGGGGAUCCAGUGGGAUUCGCGUGAGCUAGGAGACCCUAUCCCGAUAGACUGGCUCAAUGAAAAGAAGCCAGGACAACCUCUGAUUCGCGUUGCGCUUAGCAUUUCCACAGCCCCCAGUACGGGAAGGUUCUGUUUUACCUUGAUGCUUCAUCAUGCUAUUAAAGAUGAUCGGUCGCUACAACUUCUGCUCGAGCAAGUGGAAGCUGCAUACAACGGAGCAGACUUGGCCUGCCAACCAUUUAGCACUUUUAUUCGAUAUUUAGCGCGAUCUCCUGACGAAAUGGAUCACUUUUGGAAGACACAUCUGAGCGACUUGAACGUGGUUCAUUUCCCCAAACUUCCAUCUCCCGGAUACUGUCCCAACCCGUCUGCCCAGAUUACGUGCACAAUUCCACUUGAAUCUAGUCUUGGAUCUAAAGAAGAUAUUUCAGCAAAAGUACAAUUAUCCUGGGCUAUGUUACUGAGCUACUAUACCCACAGCGCGGACGUUGUAUUCGGCAUAGUACAUUCAGGGCGCAGUGCUCCGGUGUCGAGGAUUGAAGAGUUGACUGGGCCUACUGUGACCAGCCAUCCUGUAAGGCUUCUGCUGUGCUCGGAUGACAUGAUAUCCGACGCAAUCGGGAAGAUUCGAAUCCUGGCCAACGAAAGAUCACCUUUCCAGCAUGCUGGCUUGCAGCGCAUCGGUCGCAUCGGCCCGGAUCCUGCGAGCGCUUGUCAGUAUCAAAGUACCUUGACCAUUCGACCAGGGAGCACCAAGGUUCCCGCGAUGUUUCAGCAGAGUCACAUCUUAUCGCAGGAUAAUCCUUUGGCCCCCUAUGCAUUGAAUCUGGAUGUCCAACUCCAACCGGGAGACUUAUUGGUACAUGCGAGUUUCGAUCCACAAGUCAUGCCACAAGCUGAGGUAGAAACUAUGCUUCACCAGCUUAGACACAUAUUCCGCCAAGCAGAGCUUCAUCCAAAUCACUGCUUAAAGGAUAUUAGCUUGACCAGCCCGGAAGAUAUGUCGCGGUUACGGGCCUGGAAUGGGGACUUACCCAAAGGCUUGGAGGUUUGCGUGCACGAAGCAAUCCAAGAGCAGUGCCUGGCGCAGCCCAACUUUCCAGCAGUCUCUGCGUGGGAUGGUAGCUUUUCAUAUUGUGAGCUUGAUGCUCAUUCCAAUCUUCUUGCAAAUACGCUGUCUGACUACAAGGUCGGUCCGGACGUCUUUGUUCCUGUGUAUUUCGACAGGACCCGUUGGACUACCGUUGCCAUGCUCGGUGUUCUCAAAGCAGGUGGUGCCUUGCUGCUGAUGGAUCCAUCCCACCCAGUUGAGCGCCUACGAGAGAUUUGUCGGGAUGCAGAUGCUUCCAUAAUCCUCGCCUCAACUGCUACCAAGGAUCAGGCUAGUCAGCUAGGGCCAACGGUUGUAGCAGUCGGCGAUCAUGAAGUACAUUGGAGGCUGUCCAGUCCGACAGCACAGGUCGCAAAGGCCACAGCAGAGAAUGCGCUGUUUGCCGUUUUCACGUCUGGCUCCACAGGAAAGCCGAAAGGCGCAGUGUUGUCACACCGUUCCUUUCACACGAAUUUUCAAGCCAAUCGCCUGGCACUUGGCCUUAGUCAACACUCUAGGGUGUUGCAAUUUGCGUCUCAUGCAUUUGAUAUGAGCGUUGCCGACCAUCUCUGGGCCUUACUUGUGGGAGGUUGCAUUUGUAUUCCAUCCCUAGAAGAUACGAGGUUCAAUCUCGAUAAAGCUAUCAGCGAUUUCAAGGCCAACUGGAUUAGUCUAACUCCCUCGGUAGCUAGAACUCUGACACCCAAUCGAGUUCCAUCGCUAAAGACUCUCAUCCUGAUCGGUGAGCCCAUGACGCCAGGUGAUGUUGAAAUGUGGCCUUCCACGGUCUCAUUGCUCAAUAUGUACGGACCGGCAGAAUGUGCAAUCAUGACCACCCUCCAGGAUGUUCGUCGUUCUCCCAUGUUGAAUAACAUAGGAUCUUCAAGCGGUGCCGUGUGCUGGAUCGUCGAUCCUCAAAACCAUCAUCGCCUCUUUCCAAUUAACACAGUGGGAGAGCUGGUCAUUGAAGGUGCUAAUGUCGGACGAGGCUACUUGAAUCGACCCGAUCUCACGGAGGCUGCUUUCAUUGAGGCCCCGGCCUGGCUCAAACAUUUCCGCUCUAUUCCUGGCCGACUUUAUAAGACAGGGGACCUUGUUCAAUAUGCGGCGGAUGGCUCCUUGAACUUCAAGGGUCGCAAGGACAAUCAGGUGAAGCUUAGGGGGCAACGUAUUGAACUGGAGGAAGUAGCGCACAAUGUACAGCGGACCUUCCCUGGGGCCAAGCAAACUGUAGCCGAGGUGAUCAGACCAGAAUCAGGGACGAGACCACCCGUCCUUGUCAGCUUUGUAUUGCCGAUGGAAGAAAAUGAGGAUCCUAGGUCAGGAAAGAGUCUGUUUGCGCCGGCUGAUGGCCAGCUUCGCGAGAAUGCUGCCAUCGCUAUUUCUCGGCUUAAGAACCAUAUACCUGAAUUUAUGAUCCCGGCCAUUUUCAUUCCACUACUUUCUCUCCCUCUCACCGCUACCGGGAAACUGAAUCGUCGGCUUUUGCGUGAGCAGGCAACGCUUCUCUCGUGGGAUGACCUCGCCCAAUAUGCUGAGGAAAGCACUGUCAAGCGGGCCGCUUUCACUGAUGCACAGAAGAUCUUACAGGAACUAUUUGCGCAGGUAUUGAAGCUUUCCUCAGAAGAUAUCGGGAUCGAUGACAACUUCUUCCGCCUUGGGGGAGACUCAAUUUCCGCUUCACAGCUAGUCGCGGCAACGCGAGAUGCAGGAUAUUCAUUGACAGGAGCGGAUCUAUUUAACACUCCAAAACUGUUAGAUCUAGCGGAAAAGCUGAAGCCAGCUGUGGACAAUAUGGGAGACGACAUUCCAGUGUUUUCUCUACUUCCAGAUCACAUAAGGCAUCAAGAGAUUGUACCAAUAAUAGCUGCUGGGGCAGGGGUUACGCCGAGCCAAAUCGAAGAUGUGUACCCUUGUACCCCAAUGCAAGAAGGUUUGAUGGCGCUGUCCAUGAAACACCCUGGUACAUACGUGGAGAGCUUCACAUAUGACUUGCGAGAGGAAGUAGAGCUCGAUCGCUUCCGGGCUGCAUUCGAUUCGGUCGUCGCAGCCAACUCCAUCCUGCGCACUCGAAUGACCUAUGUCGAGAACGAGUGUUUCCAAGCGGUUAUACGUGAAGAAAUCCCAUGGGGGAUAUACCAGAGCCACCAAGCCUUCCUUCAGGGGCGCCAAAUGGAUCCGAUGGGCCCGAAUCAGCGGCUGGUUCAUCUUGACCUGAUAUCCUCUCCCCCCUGCUUCAUCUUGACGAUGCAUCACGCUUUGUAUGACGGUCAGAGUUUGCCAGUGCUUUGGAAUCAAGUUAUCUCUGCGUAUCAGGGUUCUGUGUUAGAGCCCCGUCCAUUCAAUCGCUUUCUGGCCUAUCUGACGCGAGUGGAGGAGCCAAUCGAGUUCUGGCGAUUGCAGUUCCAGAAUCUGAACGCACCCAUAUUCCCAGGCCUUCCUUCACCAGGGUAUACUCCGAGCCCAAAGGGUGCCUUGACUCAUACCAUUACCUGUCUUCCCAAAGUAGAGACGGAGCAUACUUUGUCGACUUACAUUCGCUUGGCCUGGGCGUUGGCCCUCUCGCAAUACACUGAUUCAAGUGAUGUCGUUUUUGGCAUAAUCGUUGAUGGUAGAAGAGUACCUUUCGCUGGUAUCGACCAAGUUUCCGGGCCCACAUUAUCGUCGUAUCCAUUGAGAGUAAGGAUCAACAGAGACGUCUCCAUUAACUCGAUGUUGUCGAACCUUCAAUCUCAGACAACGACGGCCAUUCCUUAUGAGCAUGCUGGUUUGCAAAACAUUCGCAAGUGGAGUCACGAAGCCGCAUUGGCGUGCGACUUCCAAUGCCAGCUCGGGGUUCAGCCGGAGUUAGAGCCUGCAGAGAGUCCUCUCGGUAUCGCCAGAGGAGAAAAUGCACUGGAUUACCGUGCGUUUUCGAGCUAUGCUUUUGUAAUGGUCUGCCACCCACGACGCACUGGCAACGAGCAUAAUAUCACGGUCGCUACUACCUACGAUCCCGAAAUUGUCAGUCGGCAUGAAGCAGAAAAGAUAGUAGCGCAAUUUGACUACCUUUUGGGACACCUCCUACGGCAUCCCCAGCAUAAGAUCCAGGAUGUUCCCUCCCUGCGGCCAUCUGACUUGCAGCAACUAGAUCAAUGGAACGGAGGGCUGCCUUCUUCAUUUGAUCGAUGCUUGCAUGAACUGGUCCUCGGACACUGCACAACCCAACCCUAUGCAGAGGCUGUAUCGGCAUGGGAUGGGAGCUGGAACUAUCAAGAACUCGAAUCCUUGUCAUUGCGACUGUCUCUGUUCCUUCGAAAUAAUGGGGUGGUUGCUGGUAGCAUUGUCCCUGUUUGCUUUGAGAAGUCAAAAUGGGCUAUACUGGCAAUGCUUGCAGUGCUUCGUGCAGGCGGAGCGGUCACUGCAGUUGACCUCAAACACCCUAGAGACAGAAUCUCACGGAUCGUGGAGCAAGCAAACCCGGUCAUCAUUCUAGCCUCUGAAGGAACUAAGCAUAUCUUUGCUAGUGAACGAGUCCCAGUGCUCACCGCACCUUUUGAGGAGCUCCUCUCUCCUGCAGACUCAAUUCUGGACUCUGUAGUUGCGCCGAAUGACCCGGCUUUUCUCGUUUUCACUUCCGGCUCCACAGGCAAGCCUAAAGGCAUUGUGAUGGAGCAUCGGCAUCUCAGUACCAGCAUCAAAUACCACUCCGAGCCUCUCAGAGCUUCCAAGGGGGUCCGCGGCCUUCACUUUGCUUCAUAUGCGUUUGAUGCCAGUAUUUAUGAAAUUUUCACGGUACUCUGUAACGGGGGGUGUGUUUGUAUCCCUUCCGAGGCAGAGCGUUUGAAUGGGAUUGAGCAAUUCAUUGAGAGGCACAGCGUUAAUUGGGCUGUAUUUUCACCAUCAACCUUCCGAGUUCUACACCCGGAUCGUGUGCCCACCUUACAGACCGUUGUUCUUGGAGGAGAGGCAUUGACUCCGGACAUCGCGAGACAGUGGGGACCCCGGCUCAAUCUCAUCAAUGGGUACGGUCCUGCAGAGGCGACAAUAUGUGCUGCUGGCCGUGUCGAUGAUGAUUGGAAAGUCGGCAACAUUGGCCCUAUUACUGGAGGUGUGGGAUGGAUUACUUUUCCCUCAGACCCCAACCGGCUGGUUCCUAUCGGCGCCAUAGGUGAGCUAAUCAUUGAAGGCCCAGUGGUUACUCGAGGUUACCUAGGCGAUGUCACCGGGGGUUAUAUUGAACCUCCGAUAUGGCUCAAGCAAUUUCGCAAAGGCGGGCCAGGGCGUGUGUAUCGCACUGGAGAUCUAGCUCAGUAUACCAAAGACGGAUCGAUCCGCUUCAUGGGCCGACGGGACACCCAGGUAAAGCUCCGUGGACAGCGGAUCGAACUGUCCGAAGUUGAAUACCUCGUGCGAACAUCUUUUGAUAAUCUGAACGUGGUCGCAGAGGUCAUGCCCGUGCCUGGACACGAAGGCUCUACUAUGUUGGUAGCAAUCAUCGAAGAGAAGAACGAGAUCUCAAACCCGACUGCUGAAGUAUUCUGUCCGCCAUCGGAGAUCUUCAGAUCUCGGUCUCGAGCCGCUGCAAUGCAGCUAGAGAGGCUGGUACCCGCAUAUAUGGUUCCAUCAGUCUUUCUGCCACUCCCUCAUCUUCCCUUCACCACUGGAGGUAAAGUCGACCGUAAGCGACUUCGUCAGGCAGUGUCGACUUUGACCUUAGAGCAAAUGAAAGCCUACAGCUCGCCAGCCUCUAGUCAGAUUCGGCGACCAUCGACAGCUGUGGAAAAGGCUCUACAUAAAAUAUGGGCGGAUGUGUUGAAAAGGGAACCAGACAGCUUUGGUGUGGAGGAAAGCUUCUUUAGCCUAGGUGGUGAUUCGAUCAGUGCGAUGCAAGUGACUUCAAAAUGUAGCCACGCUGGACUACAGAUUACCGUGGAGCGCAUCAUGCGGUUCAAGAACAUCCUGCUCCUUAGCAGUGGGCUUCAACUCUCUGCCGCUGCCCGUCGUCCACAACAUGCCCUUGGCGUCGAUACCAACACGCCCUUUCCUCUUUCGCCUAUCCAGCGACUCUUUCUCGAGAGGACCAAUUGCAAAUAUGACAUGUUCGUCCGAAGCAUCACCUUGUGCUUUCAAAAACCAACUUUAUCUUCGACAUUGUUGAAUGCCAUUCGGUUACUUGUGCAGAGACAUUCUAUGCUCCGAGCGAGAUUUUCUCAAGGCGACGGUGGGCAAUGGCUUCAGAGUAUCUCCACUGAUGCAGAUGCCAGCUUUCGCUACCAGAAACACGACUCUAUCCCUUCUCUGGCCGAUGCGAGUAUGAUCUGUCGGUCAAGUCAUAGAGUGAUUAACAUUCUAGAAGGCCCCAUUUUCGUGAUUGAUCACAUUACCAUGGAUGAUGGUCAAGAGUUGCUCUGUUUGAGUGCCCAUCAACUCGUAAUUGAUAAUGUGUCCUGGGACAUCAUCAUUACAGACCUUGACGACCUUCUUAUGUCGCGCUCUCCAUCUCCAGCUGCUCCACUACCUUUCUCGGUCUGGGUUCAAGCCCACUCGGAACACGGUAAGACACUAAACUAUCCGGAUUCAAGUGCUGACAAGCUUGCCUUCUCAAAGUCUCUGGACUACUGGGGUCUCACAGGAAUGGUCGACGGUUGGGGUGAUAUGAAUAAAACAACAUUCUGCAUACCUGCAGAACAAACAAAAGCACUUCUGGGUGGAGCGAAUCAAGCGUUUCAAACAAAUCCUGAGGAGCUGGUUCAUGCUGCGCUUUUAUAUUCUUUCGCUCGGGUAUUCCCUGACCGAGAUUUGCCUAUCAUCUAUAGCGAAGACCAAGGGCGUGGCCAGGAAGACCCUGCCCUUGAUCCAGCUCGCACGGUGGGCUGGUUUGGAGAUGUUUGGCCGGCCCAUAUAGACGUGAGAGGCGACCAUGACUUGGUCGAAUACGUGCGGCGAACUAAGGAUGGCCGGCGACAAGCGGAGAGAUUAUACCAACGACAGUAUCUGGCCGCUCAUUGCUCCAACUCUACCGAGGGCAAAUCAUCUGAAUCUGUUGAUUGGAUUGAGGUCUUAUUCAAUUUUGACAAGCUCGUAAAACGACAAACAUCGACUUAUGACCGGUUCCAAAAGUCGUAUAACGGUUUUUCCUUGGAUGAUCUCGCCACAGAGACUACCAAGUUUUCGUUAUUCAGUACCUCGGCUGCAGUGAGCAAUUCACAGUUGGAGAUCAGCAUUUCAUCGCGCCGUCACAUGAAGUCACCGGAUGCCGCCGGUAUAUGGGCUCGUGCAUGCGAAGAAGCCCUAUUGAAGAUCGCAUCUCAUCUGCCGUCUAGGACACCAGCGCUCACAUUAUCGGACGUGCCUUUGUUAGGCCUGAGCUACAAGCAGUUGGAUAACUUCCAGAAACAUCUCUCUACAUACUUCACCGAAAAAGGGAUCCAGGUAGUAGACGCAUAUCCAUGUAGCCCCGUGCAGGAAGGAAUGUUGAUCAGCCAGGCAAAAUAUUCUGGCGACUAUAUGAACCUGGUGCCUUGGAGGUUUCAAUCACGGGAUGGCCAGGCUGCGGUAAAUAUUGCUCGACUUAUGCGUGCCUGGCAGCAGGUAAUUGACAAGCAUCCUCUGCUACGGACGGUGUUUCUCAGCAGUUUCCGCGACGACGGGUCUAUAGACCAAAUUGUUCUCAAAGAAUAUCAUUGUGAUAUUAAGGUGAUUCAAUCGUUCACAAUGGACCCGCUAGAAGCACUCGCGCGCUACAAGUCUCUCCCGAUGUCGCCGGCAUGCCCUCCUCAUAGACUAACCAUAUGCUACUCGGACAAUGGCGAGGUAGCAGGUUUGUUCGAUGUCAGCCACGCCAUCAUAGACGGGCUGUCCUAUCAGGUUCUUCUAAGAGAUCUUCAGCUGGCGUACGAUGAGAUAUUGACAUCUGCCACGGAUCACGCAUACCGAGACUACGUGAAUUACGUGAAGGUACAAGACAUGGACUCAGCAAGACGCUACUGGAAACAAUAUCUCAACGGUCUUGAGCCUACGUUAUUCCAAAGUCUUCACAUUGAGAAUAGCCGUGAGGCUGUGCCUAAAGGCGAAACUGGCUGCGUGAAAUGCUCACUGCCCGAGGUUUCCUCCAUUGAAGCAUUUUGUCAGCUUCAUGACGUGACCAUGUCAACCGUUUUUCAGAUGGCAUGGGCGAUGGUGCUCAAGGCCUAUACAAGGUCCGAUGAUGUUUGCUUCGGAUAUCCUACGGCUGGAAGAGAUGUAGCCAUUGAGAAUAUUCACGACGCUGUCGGCCCGUUUGUCAACAUUAUGAUAUGUCGAGUUACAUUUAGCCGUGAUAAGACUUUACUUGAUUUGCUUCAGCGAUGCCAGGAGGACUUUGCAGAAAGCCUGAAAUUCCAAUAUUGCCCCCUGGCAGAUAUCACGCACCAACACAAUCACAAUUUGCACCCAGGCUCCGCGCUGUUUAACACUGCUCUAUCCAUUCAAAAGGAGGUCGCGAGCUACUCCGCGCCAGCGGCAUCACUCAACCUUACAGAAGGCGAGAUGGAUGCUACCACUGAGUAUGACGCAAUGAUUGGAAUCAAUAUCUCACAGCAAGACGUAGGCCUCGAGCUACAAUACCACAAAUCCUUAUGGACAGACACCCAGGCCGGAUAUGUCCUGGACGCUUUCUGUCAGGCUGUCAAAAGAGUGACGCUUAACUCCUAUUUGACUGCAGACAAGAUACCCCUGCUCGGAGGAGCCUCUGAGGCUCUAGUACAGAAUUGGAACGAUAAUGCCGUGCAUAGCCUGUGCAGACCUGGGAAGCAGACAAUGUCUGACUUGAUUUCCGAAACAUGCAUGUCUCAACCAGAAGCGCCUGCAGUAUGCGCUUGGGAUGGCGAAUUCACCUACACCGAGCUGGAUUCGCUUAGUGGACGUCUUGCUGCUGUCCUGGCAGUACAGGGCGUAGGACCGGAGGUAUUCGUUCCGGUCUGUUUCGAGAAAUCUCGGUGGGCUGUAGUUGCGAUGUUGGGGAUCAUGAGGGCAGGGGGUGCCUUCAUUAUGAUGGAUCCAUCUCAACCGGCUAAGCGUCUUCAGAACAUCUGCGAUAUAUCCAAGGCACACGUUCUCAUAGCAUCUGAGUCAAGAGCUAGCCUAGCUGCGACUCUUGGUCCCGAUGUGGUUGUCUUGGGUAACAAUGAGAAACCCUGGAACAAUGUUGAUGGAUCUUUAGUCUCUACACCUGUGCAAACCGCGUCGCCUGAGAAUGCGCUUUAUGCCGUUUUCACAUCAGGUUCUACCGGUACCCCCAAAGGUGUAAUUAUCGAGCAUCGAAAUUACGCAGCGCGUAUUUACGACGAAAUAGAGGCAUACGGGCUGACAGCAGAAUCUAGAUUUCUGCAGUUCAGCUCUUACGCUUGGGACGCUUGUGUCUUUGAGCAGCUCCCUGUCUUGGUGUGUGGUGGUUGUGUGUGUAUUCCCUCGGAUAUUGAACGGCGACAAAACCUCUCAGAGGCUGUGACAAGACUGAGAGUCAACUGCGCGGUGUUUACGCCACCAAUGGCCCGGAACCUAAACCCAGACGAUUUCCCAACUUUGAAGACACUACUGAUCGCGGGCGAGCGUGUGCUUGAGAAGGAAAUCCGCUUAUGGCAGGGCCGAAAUUUACAAGCUCUGUAUGGCCCAGCCGAAUGCACGCCAUGCUCUGCAAGGAGCCAGGCCCUUCGGGAUCCGGCUCCCAUGGGCAUCAUAGGAAUACCGCUCAGUUGCAGAUUGUGGGUUGCCGACCCUGACAAUCAUGAGAUUCUUUUGCCCAUCGGCGCUACCGGUGAGCUGCUGAUUGAGGGGCCCCAGGUCAGCCGCGGUUACUUGCAUGAACCAGAGAAGACGAGGGCGGCAUUCAUUGAGCCUCCUCCAUGGUUGCAGGGCAGACAUAGAAGUGAUUUUAAAAUUUAUAAGACCGGUGAUCUCGUUCGCCAUAUUGGUGAUGGACGCCUGGUUUACAUCGGACGAAAAGACACACAGGUCAAAGUGCGUGGCCAGCGUAUGGAGCUGGGAGAAGUGGAAUCCCAACUACGCCAGGUCUGCCAGGACUUCGAUGAGGUUGUAGUCGGACUUAUCGAACCGACAGAGGUUGAUCGCCGCUCUGCGUUAGUUGCGUUCCUGUAUCAGUCUGCCGAUGUAGGUCACGACAAUGAUGCAGGAAACGCGGACCUGACAAUGUCCUAUGAUACAACCCUGUUUGCUUCCGCAUCUACCUCAUUCCAUGGCCGUGUCAAGGAUCUGAAUAGAGCUCUCCAACAAACACUGCCAGCGUUCAUGGUGCCUGAAUUUUUCGUACCUUUACGUCAAGUGCCUUUGAAUACCAAUGGCAAACUCGAUCGAAAAAGGCUAUCACAGAAUGCGUCCUCACUUUCAUGGGAAGAGUUGCAAGCCUAUACUGCCCCUCUAGAGGAUAGGAUCCAGCCAUCUACUGAGAAUGAAAGGCAGUUUCAAAGACUUAUAGCCGAAGUCUUGCAACUACCUCUCGAGAGGAUCGGAAUGCAGGAUAGCUUCUUCCGACUGGGAGGAGACUCCAUUUUAGCAAUGACCCUCAUGGUGAAGACGAGAGAGGCAGGUUAUCAUAUCACAAUGGCCGAUAUAUUCAAUCACUCAGAGCUCCGCGACCUAGCAGCAGCGGCAGCAUCAGCAAGUACCACCGAGAAUCUCCUAGAGGACUCAGCUCUUCUCCCAUUUUCUCUCCUCCACGGGGUAGACAGUGUUGAUCUUUUGAUCAAGCAAACCGCCCAGACUUGCAAUAUACCAGAAGCUAGUAUCGAAGACAUAUAUCCAUGCACCGCAUUGCAAGAGGGGCUAAUGGUGCUGUCCACGAAGCUAUCCGGUCAUUACAUUGAGCAGACACGAUAUGAAUUGCACUCAGAUAUCGAGCUCGAUCGAUUCAAAUCCGCAUGGGACUCGACCGCUAGAGCAAACCCUAUCCUCCGCACCAGAAUCGUUCAGUUCGAAAAUAAUACGAUGAAUCAGGUCGUGAUGCGAGACAUACCACGAUGGCAUCAUUUCGAUAAUGUUGAUUUGUUAAAAGCCCACCUUGCAACGAGCACUAUGGGGUUGGGAGAUGCGUUGGUUGGUCUUUCAAUCGUCAAGCCAUCUGAUGAUUCGCAGAAUUAUCUAUUCUUCCUGACAUUACAUCAUGCUGUGUACGAUGGUUGGUCCCUGCAGCUUCUUUGGAAGCAUGUCCAAUCUGCUUACGACGGAAAACGCUUUGCCUCAGCCCCCUUCAACUGCUAUAUUCGUCAUGCUAUUGACAGCACAGCCGGGGCUGAGGAGUUUUGGGCCUCGCAGUUUGAAAAUCUGCAGACUCCAGUCUUCCCUAGCCUGCCUUCUGCGCGAUAUGUGCCCACCCCAACUUCGGCAUUCGAGCACGCAAUCUCAACCCGCUUUCAACCACACAACAGCGAAUAUACACUAUCGACCAUGAUACAGCUGGCUUGGUCUAUCGUUCUGUCAUCUUAUACUGACUCGGAUGACGUGUUGUUUGGUAUGACUGUACACGGGCGCAAUGCAACGUUCCCAGAAAUCGAGAACACGACGGGCCCGACCAUCGCGACAGUCCCCUUCCGGGUGCAGCUCGAUUCAAAAAGCGCGGUCCAGGAUUGUCUCUUCUCCUUGCGCAAGCAGACGACAGCAAUGAUACCGUUUGAACAUCUUGGUCUUCAGAGAAUUGGCGCAUUGAGCUCAGACGCCGCAGCAGCUUGCAAUUUCCAAUGCCACAUCGGCAUCCAGCCUCCAUCAUCUGGCCCUAUCAGCCCAGGGCUAGUAAAGAGCGAGACAAGCUUGCACGAUAGCUACUCUGCGUUUUCCAACUAUUCAUUAGUUGUCGUAUUCCACCUCAGCGAAAAGGACAAGGGCAGCAUCGUGGCGAAUGUGAUUCACGAUAACAAAGUCAUUUCUUCAGCAGCGGUGAAACGAAUGAUCCAUCAAUUUGAACAUAUCCUGAAUCAGGUCAUUGAGGGCCCAGAAACCAUUCUUGAUAGCCUCGAUAUGAUAUGUCCCCAGGAUAGAGUACAACUAUCCGAAUGGCACGAAUCUCUCCCUCUAGCACAUGAAGAUUCUGGUCUACAUGACCUUGUCCUCUCGCAUACUGCACGACAGCCCCGCGCAUCUGCAGUCCACGCUUGGGAUGGGGUAGUCAGCUAUCUGGAGCUUGAUAAUAUGUCCUUGCGAUUGGCAAAGCGGUUGCAGGCGCUUGGAGUCCAGCGCGGUUCAAUGGUACCUUUGUGUCUAGAUCGAUCGAAGUGGGUAAUUAUAUGUAUGAUUGCCGUCAUGCGAGCUGGAGGGGCUUGUGUCAUGCUCGAUCCCAGUCACCCUACGGAACGAAUGGAAGACUUCCUAAGACGUACGGAAGCGAAACUUGUGCUCACGUCUUCUAGUUAUCAAGACCGGUUUUCCAGCACACAGACGACCGUCCUCCCUGUCCCGGCGGUACUUGAUGGCCCAACCGUCGACUGGUCAGUUCCUGAGUGGGAUCCGAUAGAUCCUGCAUUUAUCGUCUUUACAUCGGGCAGCACAGGGAAGCCCAAAGGUAUCUUAAUGAACCAUUCGGCCUUCUGCACCAGCAUCCGGCAUCAUACCAGCUCAUUAAAUAUCGAACCCGGAGAGACUCGAGGGUUACACUUUGCUUCAUAUGCGUUUGAUGCUAGCAUAUAUGAGAUCUUCUCUGUUCUUGUCAAUGGGGGUUGCGUCUGCAUUCCAUCUGAAGCAGAUCGGACUAGUAACCUCUCUGGCUUCAUCAACGCAUCGCAAGUGAACUGGGCCAUAUUUACUCCAACCGUGCUCAACAACCUACUUCGCCCGGAGCAGGUUCCAGGCCUCCAGACCAUUAUUGUUGGGGGUGAAGCGCUUACUCAGGACGUGGUGGAUAUCUGGGCGGACAAGGUAGCCCUGAUCAACGGGUAUGGCCCAGCUGAAACUACCAUCUGCGCUGCGGGGCGAGUCCCCGCCCAGGGAUGGUUAUCAAGAACGAUUGGAAAGGUUACUGGUGGUGUUGGAUGGGUUACAAUGCCUUCUGAUCCUUCACGACUGGCUCCAAUUGGCGCUGUGGGUGAGCUGGUGAUGGAAGGGCCGGUGGUAACCCGCGGCUACCUAAACGAUCCAGAGAAAACCGCCGACGUGUAUAUCCCAACACCGGAUUGGCUUAAACAAUUCAGAAAUGGGGACACAUCCCAAGCUGGUCGUCUUUAUAAAUCGGGGGAUCUGGUUCAAUAUACCGAUGAUGGUGGUAUUCGAUUCUUUGGUCGCAGAGACACCCAGGUCAAGUUGCGUGGACAACGCAUUGAAUUGGGCGAAGUGGAGUACCAGACAGCUCGAGCUUUCCCAGGCGCGCAGGAAGUGGUGGCUGAGGUUGUCUAUCGCAACGGAAAUAAACAUGAUGCGACUCUGAUUGUAUUCAUUACUACGGGCGCUAUUGAAGUCUCCGAGCUCUUCGUCGGCUAUGAUUCCGAAUUUGCCGCUAGGGUCCAUGUCGCCACGGUUGAACUCAGCAAACAGUUGCCACGGUAUAUGGUUCCAGCAAUCUUCCUUCAUGUAUCUCGUGUGCCCCGAACGGGCAGUGGCAAGAUCGACCGCCGGUCGUUACGCGAACAAGCUGCUACCCGUAAUCUCGACGAAUUUACAAAAAGCAAGCGAGCUGCUCCCAAGGAACUCACCAUGCAGCAAGAGUACCUACUGCGCGACCUAUGGGCCGAAACCCUCCAAAUCCCAGCGGAGCAAAUUGGGGCAGAUGACAACUUCUUCGAUCUUGGAGGAGAUUCCGUCAAGGCCAUGAGAAUGUCUAAUCUAGCUCGGCAGCUAGGCCGUCGGAUAUCCUUGCUAGACAUGUUCAAUCAUUCCACGCUCUCAGAGCUCGCCCGUGCCACUGAACAGUCACUGCAUGACAUAGCAGACGACGAUUAUCACCCAGGAUCCUUGCUAGGCAUAGCCGAUUUAGAAAGCUUCGUAGCUCGUUUUCCUGGAUUGCCUACAGCACUUUCUCCUGAAAACGUUGCCGAUAUCCUGCCCACCACACAACUCCAGAGCUCGAUCAUGGACGACAAAAAUGCUACAUACUUUGCUUUGCCUCUGCCCCAAGGUAUUGAUAUAGAUCGCCUAGACGAGGCGUGUCGUGUAAUGGUUGACCACAACCCAAGCCUUCGUACUAUAUUGGUACCAUAUGGAGCCCAAUAUAUCCAGGUCAUCCUCCAUCGGGUCGAUAUCCCAAUUACCCGGCUAACCUGCGAAGGGGAUGAUAUGGAGGAGUUUAUCCAGUCUGUCUGCGCUCAAGACUAUACCAACCCCAUCCCCGCAGAGGUGCCCCAGGUAAGGUUCUAUCUGAUUUCUCACAUUACUGGGGUCCAUCAAAGGCUAGUGAUCAGGGCGUCGCAUUCUUUGCUCGACUUUGUCUCGGCAAUUCUAUUCUUGAAGGAGAUCUCGAUGGCAUACGACGGUAAAGAUCUUCCGUCCCCGGCCCCCUCUUUCGCACGGUACUUGCAAUAUCGCUUGUUGAAUCGUCCCUCCGACACAAGUCAAUUUUGGCGAGACUACUUGCACAACUCACAGAUUACAGUCCUCAAAGGACGCAAAGACCACCAUGCCUUACCCAUGUCCAAUCAUACGCCCACACGUCCGACAGCGGUGUUCAAGGAGAUCCCACUCCCAAUAAUGAAAGAGGGUGUAACGAUGGCCACCUUGACGAAGGCCGCUUGGGCCCUUGUCCUUGCACAGGUGACUGGCCAAGACGACGUUCUCUUUGGACACGUGUUGAACGGCCGAGAGCUGCCCAUUGUCAAUGUCGAGGAGGUUCCAGGACCCUGUAUCACUGUCUCGCCACUCCGGGUCAGCAUCCAGCGUUCGUGGACCGUGCAAAGCCUGCUUCGGCAUGUUCAACAACAAUAUAAGCGAGCGAUGCCCUUCUCCAGCGUGGAGUUUUACGAGAUCAAACGGAUGAUGGCACCUCACUGGUCCCCCGACGCCAAGCUCUGUAGUGUUUUCACCCACCAAAACGAGGGUGUCAAACGUACAGUUCCCUUCCAGGGUGUGGAGUGCCCCGUAGAGAUGUUCCAACAUAACACCUCUACCCCGUUCCAUGUCGUUACUGGGCCCCAAGGAGAUAAUCUUCUCAUUGCCUUGUCAGUGAUAGAUCCGGCCAUCUGUCAAGAGGACGUUGAUGAUUUGGCGGAGAAGCUAGGCGCGACAAUCAGUAAACUUGCUGCUGAUUACUCGGUCACGAUUGACUUUUAG